UGGCAGAAUACAAGCUUUCGUAUUUUAACUUUAAAGGACGAGGAGAAUUAUGUCGAUUGUUGUUUGUGCUGGCAGAUAAAAAAUAUGAAGAUCAUCGAUUUGAAAGAGAAGAAUGGAAAGAUAUAAAAUCAUGCAACUAUGCCACUAGGACAGGUUCCAGUACUGACGGUAGGAGGGACACAGAUACCACAAUCUGGAGCAAUUAUUCGAUAUCUUGCCAGGGAAUUCGGGUUGUACGGCAAGAACAAUAUGGAGAAUACCAUGGUUGAUGUUAUAAUAGAGACACUCGAUGGAGUGAGGUCAGAGUUUAUAAAAUGGGUGAAAGAAGAGGAUGAUGUAAAAAAGGCAGAAAUUAUCAAUAAAAUGAAAGAAGUAAUAUUUCCUAGAUUCAUUGCGUUUGUUGAGAAAAUAUUGUCGGAUAAUAGAGGGCAGUUCCUGGUUGGAAGUGAGGUAACACUAGCAGAUGUGGCUGUUUUCGAUCUCAUUUCAAGAAUAUCUAAUAUGUGGAGUCAGGAAUUAAUGAAUAUGUCAACUGUAUUAAAAGCACAUUGUGAAAAGAUUGCGUCCAUACCAAGUAUAAAGUUGUGGUUAGAAACCCGACCAAAUACAGUUCGGUGAAUCGUUAAAAACGGGUUAAACCAAUCAGACGAUCAUUAUGUAAUUUGGUUUAAUUAAUUUUAUAUCAGUCAAGUACAACAAAUAUAAAAAGUUGUAGUCACGAAAAAUAUAUACACUUUUAUUUAAACAAUAUUAUAUCUAAAAUUAAGAAUGUCUCAUUAGAUUUUACCCUUUUUUUACAAUCAGCUCGCGCCUGUUCAAAUUACUAUAUGUAAUGUGGUACUGAUGUAUUUUGAUCAAGAAGGCUCGAAUUUGACUCAUUAUAAUGAUUUAAGAAUGUUAUUGUCCAUCAAAUAAACAGUAUAUAUAUAUAACUAUACAA